AUGUUUAAUGAAGGUAAAACUGUCCAAAACAUCUUCAAACUCAUCUUCAAACAAACCUCCAUUCAAACCUGUUGGUCAACACCAGAGGUGGAGAGGGAGACGUUCUGCUUGGUUAACCCAUGGGAUGUCGUAUCAGAUGUGGUGCUUGGAGAGCUCCAUGCUGCACUGGACUUGGGCGCCACUUCAUCGCUGUCACCGCCAGAGGAUCCAGGGAUUUGCAGUGGAGCCAGGCCCAAGGCCCCGGCCCAUAGCUCCACUCCAGAACCAGCCGAUCCACAGGCCCAGCCGUCGUGGUCAGAGGUGGUGCGCCGCGGCCGCAAAAAAGAUGCAGCUGAGGUUUCUCCGGAACCUCCGUUACCCGUCUCCAACCGCUACACCAUCCUGUCAGACAAGUCUCCACCCCACUCGGUCUCCUUUCCGGCUGCUGCUGCUGGCCCACCUGUGGCCAGGACUGUUCACACGACUCGCCGCUCUGCCACCGGGAAGGACCGCCGUAAGAUACUGAAGGAGGCUGAGAUCAGACGCUCCGGAGGCCUCCCGCGGGCUUCUUCCACUCUCCACCCCUGUUCGGAGGGUAUACAGGAGCCUACACCCUCAAAGGGUCACACCCUAGACCUGGUCAUUUAUAGUGGUCUCUGCCCUGACAGCUUUGAGACAAAGGGUGGUCUUGGUGCUUCAGGGCCUGAACGACUCCGUGACAAACCGUCACUGUUCUUCGCCCUCGCUCUGACGUCGUACCUGUUCACCAUCUUCGUCAACGUGACGCUCGUGGUCACCGUGUUCCUGGACAAAGCGCUCCACCAGCCCCUCUACGUCUUCCUGUGCAACCUGUGCUUCAACGGGCUCUGUGGGGCGUCCAGCUUCUACCCCAAGCUUCUCCACGACCUGCUGGCCGCCGACCACGUGGUGACGUACGCCGGCUGUCUGACUCAGGUGUUCGUGGUCUACAACUACGUUUUCUGCGAGUUCACCAGUCUGACCGUCAUGGCGUACGACCGCUACCUGGCCAUCUGCCGGCCGCUGCAGUACGGGGUGCUGAUGCCGGCGCGGCGCGUGGCCCAGCUGUUGCUGCUCACCUGGUGCUUCUCGCUGUUGGAGACGGCGGCCGGCGUGGCGCUGACGGCCAGCCUGCCGCUCUGCGGACGCCACAUCAAGAAGAUGUUCUGCACCAACUGGGAGGUGGUGAAGCUGUCGUGCAUCGACACGACCUUCAACAACAUCUACGGCUUCGUGCUCAUGUUCUCGCACCUCUCUCAGACCGGACUCAUCCUGGUCUCCUACACCCACCUGGUCCGGGCCUCGCUCCGGUUGCGCUCCGACAGCAGGAAGUUCGUCCAGACGUGUGUGCCGCACCUCGCCACGCUGCUCAUCUUCACCGCCUCGCUGAUGUUCGACAUCAUGUACUCCCGGUACGGCAGCGGCAAGUCGCUGCAGUCGCUGCAGAACGCCAUCGCCGCAGAGUUCCUGGUGGUCCCGCCCCUCAUCAACCCCAUCAUCUACGGCAUCAACCUGCACCAGAUCAGGACCAGCAUCCUCCACAACUUCAGCCACAAACCAGAGAGCCUGAGAGCGCUCUCCUGA